AUGCCGGGUUGGCACGCCGUGGAGGCGCGUGGAAGGCGAAGCUGCGUCGCUCGCCUGGAGGGGGCCCGGCGCUUUUUGGGUGAGUUCGCUGGCUACUGUGAUGUCAGAUGUGAGAAGGGACACCACGUGGACGGCAAUGUUUGGUACGCCGAUCACUACCUCUACCCAAACCACUGGCAGCCCGGAUCUAAGACGCAGCCGCGACUUGUAGACGAUGGCCACGUGAAGUCGUGGUUUGAUUUGUGGACCAUGUCUGUUGCCAUGCGUAUGUGCGUGCCGAUAUUGAUUGUUCUAUCACUUAUCUUGUUCGUAUAA